CACAAUUCCUGAUUCACAACAGCUCACGCCACGUCUCUGUAGAUUCAGAAGAGGACAGCAACAGCUUCCAUGACUGAAAACAGUGCUGUUUGAAAUUGAUGGCACUAGCUCUGCUGAAGGCUGAAGCCAGCAGCUGCACUGAGUUCGGACAUCCCAGGCCACGUUUCUGUACCCUUGACUGAAAAGCAGUGUGGUUUUCAGUUAAUGACACUAAGAUGAACAUUUCCACGGUCCACAACAACCAGCACAAGGGCAACCUGAUGAUGCAAUGGUUUGGGCAGGUUUGGCCCAGGCUGGUUUGAAUGGACACCCCUAGCAUCAUCAGUCAUGAUCACCAUCACAAGCAAACAGAUGAUGAAGCAGGGGAGAACAGGGGAUUUCAAGAAAUAAUGUGGCCGGUCCAAACUUUUUCUUCUUUUCUCACUCUUUGCGGAUCACAUUAUUUGAGUGUGAAAUAUUGUAGGAUGACGCAGCAGUGAUCCAUUUCCCAGCUAAAUUUUGGGAAAUUCAAGCUGAGAUUUGCCACGGAAAGAAAUGACAGAUGAGGUUUGACCAAAUACCGACCACCACGGGCCGGUCAACGGCAGGUAGUCACACAGCAACGGAGUGUCGAGCUGGCCAUGUCAUAACUACGGAGGAAUUGGCAAAGAUUUAUCUUUACGAAUAAAGAAUCAUUAAAGGAUUGCUAAACGAGCACGCUCCCCUGACCUCGCCGCGUCCGCGUCUCGGCCGCUGUCCUCUCAUCCCCAAGCGAAAUCGCACCCCGGCGAUGGAAUCCGACUCCGGCGUGGCCGUCGUGACGGUGCCGUUCCCGGCGCAGGGCCACCUGAACCAGCUCCUGCACCUCUCCCUGCUGCUCGCCUCGCGGGGGCUCCCCGUCCACUUCGCCGCGCCAGAGCCGCACCUUCGGGAGGUCCGCGCGCGCCUCCACGGCUGGGGCGGCGGCGGCGCCGCCGACUCCCUCCUCCUCUCCACGGUCCGCUUCCGCGCGCUCGAGGUCCCCGCGCACGAGUCCCCUGCCCCCGACCCCGCGUCCCCAUUCCCGGCGCACAUGCUGCCCCUUUUCGAGGCCUUCUGCUCCAGCGCGCGGGCCCCGCUCGGCAAGCUCCUGGACGAGCUCUCCGCGACCCACCGCCGCGUCGUCGUCCUCCACGACCGCAUGGCGGCGUUCGCGGCGGGGGAGGCCGCGCGGCUGCCCAACGGCGAGGCGCUCGGGGUGCACUGCCUCGCCGCCUCGUACAACGUCGGGUGGGCGGACCCCGGGCACGCCCUCCUGCGGGACCACGGCCUCGUCUUCCACCCGCCCGACGCCUGCGCCACCAAGGAGUUCGUCGCGCUCGCCAAGCGGAUGGGGCAGGAGCGCAGGCGCGCCCCCGGCGCCGGCAUGGUCGUGAACACCUGCCGCGCGCUCGAGGGCGAGUUCCUCGACGUGCUCGCGGGGAUUCCCUCCUCCGAUGGCCCCAAGCUGUUCGCCGUGGGGCCUCUGAACCCGGUGCUCCUCCCCGGCGCGGAGUGCCUGGAUUGGCUCGACAAGCAGCCGCCGUCCUCGGUGCUCUACGUCGCGUUCGGCACGACGUCGUCGCUCCGCCAGGAGCAGGUGCGCGAGCUGGCCGCCGCGCUGCGGGACAGCGGCCAGCGGUUCAUCUGGGUGCUGCGCGACGCCGACCGCGCCGACAUGCGCGCCGAGGCCGCGGCGGAGAGCGGCGCGCGCCUGUCCGUCGCGGCGUCGGAGCUCCGCGACUCCAUGGCGCGGGGCGCCGGCGUGGUGAUCACCGGGUGGGCGCCGCAGCUGGAGAUCCUUGCGCACGGCGCGACGGCGGCGUUCAUGAGCCACUGCGGGUGGAACUCGACGGUGGAGAGUCUGAGCCACGGGAAGCCCAUCCUGGCGUGGCCCAUGCACAGCGACCAGCCCUGGGACGCCGAGCUCGUGUGCAAGUACCUCAGGGCCGGCGUCCUUGUGCGGCCUUGGGAGCAGCGCCACGACGUCGCCCCGGCUGCCGCUAUCCGCGAGGCCAUCGAGAAGGUGAUGGCCUCGGACGAAGGGACGGAGAUGCGGCAGCGAGCGGCGGCGCUCGGGGAGGCCGUCCGCGGCGCCGUGGCCGAGGGCGGGUCGUCCAGACAGGACCUGGAGGAGCUCGUCGCUUACAUGACGAGGUGAUCCGUGCGGCAACGAUGCUGCAUGUGCUGCUGUUCGAAUUAACGACGAUUUGAUGUUAUUUAAGACUCGUUUUGAGUGUUACUGAUGAUAGAGAAGGUCUAAGGUGCGUGGAAGAAGGGCCAGAGGCCGACUACGAGCCUGUAUGGAUUCAUUGGAAUAAAAUUCGGUCCCGUAACAUCGGAUAUUUAGAUAUUAA